GACACAGCCAAAAGUGAACCGCGCGCUUAUCGGAUUCCCUUUUAGGGAGAAUUAUUGCGAGGCAAUAUCUGCUAUUCGCCAAUCGAUAGUAUUCAUCGCCCGAUGACUGUGCGCGGUGCGCGGCCUACCGCUGUGUCGCUGCUAUCGCUUGCAAUUGUACGCACGGAGACGACGACGACGACCAUAAAAAACCCACAUACACGAUAAGGGUAACUAGUACGAAUCUGACGACGGCUGUAUAAAACGGUACCGAUUACCGGGUGGAGGGUUUCAGUCUCGACGUAACAGUGGAAUUGCUCGGUCAACGGAUAGUGUGGGAUAAAGUAUUCGCAAAACGGUGUACAGGUCCACGAUGACCUUCGAGGACUUUUGUGGCGGUCCCUUCUGGGACGACGAGUUCGUGUGGGAUGUGGACAAUCCCAACCUGACGUUCUGCUUCCAGCGCGUCAUCCUCCAGUGGGUGCCGUGUUUGUUUUUGUUCGUGUUCUCGAUCUACGAUAUAUUCAAGAUUACUGAGAGUAAAUAUCGGGACAUACCAUGGAAUUGGUAUAAUCUGUCGAAGAUGCUAGUGAUAUUCCUGCUGAUGUGUAUGUGCUGGAUAGAUCUCGGCAUGGUGGUUGGCUAUCAGGAUGAGCAAGGCCUGUACGAUGUGCAGAUCCUGUCGGCCGUGUUCAAUGCGUUGGCUUAUAUCGACUUACUUGUGUUGCUGUUCUUCAUGCGCAAGUACGGCGUGCGUACGUCCGGCACAAUGUUCAUGUUCUGGUUCUUGCGUAUGUUCUUCGGCAUCAUACAACUGCGCACCGAGGUGAUGGAGAACGAUAAGCGACCGAACGCGAUCGGUUCCGGCGAUACGGUAGACUUUUGGGAGUAUCAAUACGUGAGCUACAUCCUCCAGUACUCGCUGAUCUGUUUGAUGCUCGUGCUGGAGCUGUUCCCCGAUAAGGAACCCACCUUCAGCUACUAUCCCAAAUCGAAGAAUCCAAACCCAGAGCUGAAAUCGAGCUUCUUUGCCAAGCUGCUCUUCCUGUACUUCGAUACGUUUGCGUGGAAAGGCUUCCGCAAACCCCUCACCAUGGAGGAAAUGUACGAUAUCAACCCGCAGGACACUUCGCGCGAGCUAGUCCCACCGUUCGACAAGUACUGGGACAUGAGCGUCGCCAAUGGGCGCAAAAAGCAGAUCGCGGCCGACAAGAAGGCAGGCAAAACAAACAUCGAGUACAAACCACACUCCGAAACGAAUGGAUCCUCCCUGUACGCGAUGGUGCGAGCGUACGGUGCGCCAUUUUGGUUCGCGGGCAUGCUACAGCUAGCGAUAUCCGGACUUCAGUUCGCCUCACCUUAUCUCAUGCAAGAAAUGAUGGCAGUUAUUGCACUGGAUGGGCCGGUAUGGAAGGGCUUGCUGUUGACGUUUGCACUGUUUGCUGCGUCGCUACUGCUGGCACUGCUCAAUGGCCAGUACUACUACAACACGUUCCUGAGUGGAUUCCGCAUACGCACCGGGCUGGUGAGUGCAAUCUACCGCAAGGCGCUACGAAUUUCGAGUGCAGCGAAGAAAGAUACCACGGUGGGUGAGAUUGUCAACCUGAUGGCGGUCGAUGCGCAGCGGUUCUUCGAGCUGACCUCGUACAUGCACAUCCUCUGGUCGGGUGUGUUGAUUAUUGCGCUGUGCGUGUACCUGCUGUAUGACAUUCUUGGGGCGGCCGUGUUUGCUGGACUGGGUGUGAUGAUACUGAUCACACCCGUUUCGGGAGUGAUUGCAACGAAGAUGCGUGACGCACAGGUAGCGCAGAUGAAGAUCAAGGACGAUCGUGUUAAGAAGAUGAACGAGAUUCUUGGGGGCAUUAAGGUGCUGAAGCUUUACGCUUGGGAGCCAAGCUUCCAGGAUAACAUUCUCACUGUCCGCAAGGAGGAAAUUGGCAUCCUGAAGCGCAUGGCUUAUUAUGGUGCUGGAAUCUACUUUACGUUUACGAUCGCGCCCUUCCUGGUGACGCUUGUGUCGUUCGCUGUGUACGUGCUAAUGGACGAGGAGAACAUCUUGGAUCCACAGACAGCGUUCGUAUCUCUUGCUCUCUUCAAUAUCCUCCGCUUCCCGCUUGGAAUGCUGCCCAUGAUGGUGACAUUCUCCAUGCAAGCCUGGGUAUCGGUGAAGCGUAUCGACAAGUUCCUGAAUAGUGCUGAACUGGAUCCUAGCAAUGUUAGUAAUAAUAAGAGUGACGAAGCCCUGACCAUUAAGGAUGGAACAUUCUCGUGGGGCGAUGAGACACCAACGCUCAAGAACAUCAAUCUCUCCUUGCGAAAGGGACAGCUUUCAGCGAUCGUUGGUACGGUCGGUACGGGCAAGAGCUCGCUGAUAUCAGCCCUGCUAGGUGAGAUGGAGAAGAUCAGCGGUCAUGUGAAUACGGAUGGUUCGAUCGCGUACGUUCCUCAGCAAGCGUGGAUCCAGAAUGCGACGCUGCGAGAUAACAUUUUGUUCGGAAAGGCAUUUGAUCAGCGGAAAUAUGAUAAUGUGAUCGAGUGCUGUGCCUUGAGACCCGAUCUGGAGAUGUUGCCCGGUGGAGACUCGACGGAGAUCGGUGAGAAGGGUAUCAAUUUAUCAGGAGGACAGAAACAACGAGUGGCGUUGGCGCGAGCAGUGUAUGCUGACUCUGAAGUGUACCUAUUUGACGAUCCCCUGAGUGCUGUGGACGCUCACGUAGGCAAGCACAUCUUCGAGAAGGUGAUCGGACCAUCAGGAAUGCUUGUAGGCAAGUCACGAUUGCUAGUUACUCAUGGUAUUUCCUAUCUGCCGUUUGUGGAGAACAUAUUCGUCGUGAAGGAUGGAGAAAUCUCGGAGAGUGGAUCAUACCAACAACUUCUCGACCAAAAGGGCGCCUUCGCCGAAUUCCUGACCCAACACAUCCAAGAGCUUGACGAAGCCGACGAAGACGAACUUAUACAAACUUUCAAUCUUACUAUCUCCUCACCAGAAAUUAAGCUAAUCCAAGAAACACUUAAGGAUGAAACAGCCCAACGUAUCGUGGAGCGAUCACUCUCCGUCAGAUCGGGACGUUCCGGUGGCAGUAAUAGCAGCAUUCGUAAGAAACGUAUCAGCCGACAAGAGUCCAAAGCCAGCGCCAAAAAGGAAGAUCCCAUCAUACAGAACCUGGACAAGGCUACACUGAUCGAAAAGGAAGAAUCUGCAACGGGUGCUGUGACGUGGGCUGUCUAUAAGAAAUACGUCACCGCCAUCGGAUUCCAGUUCGGUUUCUGGUCGGUCGUGUUCAGUGCAAUCAAUCAAGGCAGUGGCAUCUACUCUAGCAUGUGGCUUACCGAUUGGUCGGAAGAUCCGGAAGCAAUCACGGACACCUCGGUGCGGGACAUGUAUCUCGGCGUGUACGGAGCGUUGGGUGGCGUUCAAUCGAUCGCACUGUUCAUUGGAUCGGUGUUGCUCGCUUUGGGAUGUUUGAAAGCUGCCGAAGAGUCGCACAACAAGCUACUCGAAAGCUCCAUGCACAUGCCUAUGUCGUUCUUCGACACGACACCGCUCGGUCGUAUUAUUAACCGUUUCUCGAAGGAUGUGGAUGUGGUGGACAACAUCUUGCCGGCAACGAUUCGUGCCUGGCUGCUGAUGUUGUUCAGUGUGAUCGGUGUGUUUGUGGUGAUCGGUAUCUCAACGCCGAUCUUCCUUGCCAUCGUUCCGCCGCUGAUGAUCAUCUACUAUUUCGUGCAGCGAUUCUACAUUGAAACGUCUCGCCAGCUGAAGCGAUUGGAAUCUGUGACGCGUAGUCCGAUCUAUUCACACUUUGGGGAGAGUAUUGGUGGACAGUCGACGAUUCGUGCUUACGCUCAGCAGGAGCGGUUCAUCAGGGAGUCGGAGCAUCGCGUGGAUUACAAUCAGCUCGUGACUUAUCCAACGAUUCUAGCCAACCGUUGGUUGGGUGUACGAUUGGAAAUAAUUGGCAGCUUGGUGAUCUUGUUUGCGGCUCUGUUUGCCAUCUUGGCUCGAGACACUAUUGGCCAGGCUACAGUUGGACUGUCGAUCAGUUACGCGCUACAGAUUUCCAAUGUGUUAAGUUUCCUGGUGCGUAUGACGGCUGAAGUGGAGACGAACAUUGUUGCUAUUGAGCGAUUGGAGGAGUACACGGUACUUCCACGAGAGGCUGAGUGGCAGAAGGGUACGGUGGAUAAGGCAUGGCCAGUGGAAGGAAAGGUCGAGUUCAAGGACUAUCAGAUUCGGUACCGCGAGGGACUUGAUCUGGUCAUUCGAGGCAUCUCGCUCAACGUUCGAGGAGGCGAGAAGAUCGGUAUCGUUGGUCGUACCGGAGCUGGAAAGUCCAGUCUUACACUUGGUCUCUUCAGAAUUGUUGAAGCGGCCGGUGGACAAAUCAUCAUCGACGGACUCGACAUCUCCAAAAUGGGACUUCAUCAGCUCCGUAGUCGGCUGACCAUCAUCCCACAAGAUCCGGUGUUGUUCUCCGGUACACUCCGAGCCAACGUGGAUCCUUUCAAGAGCUACAGCGAUGACCAGGUGUGGAAGGCUCUAGAGUUGUCUCAUCUGAAGACGUUUGUGAAGGGAUUAACAGCCGGACUCGAUCAUGAGAUUGCGGAGAACGGAGAGAACCUCUCGGUCGGUCAGCGACAACUAGUUUGCUUAGCCAGAGCUAUCCUGCGCAAGACAAAGGUGUUGAUUCUGGACGAGGCUACAGCGGCGGUGGAUCUGGAAACGGAUGAUUUGAUUCAGAAAACAAUCCGUACGGAGUUCGCCGACUGUACGAUCCUCACGAUCGCUCAUCGCUUGAACACGAUCCUUGACUCAGAUCGAGUGCUGGUGCUCGACAAAGGACUGGUAGCGGAGUGUGACUCACCCCAGAACCUGCUAGCAAACCGAGAUUCCAUAUUCCACAGUAUGGCAAAGAACGCCGGUAUCGUUAGCUAAUGAUCUUGCUCAUGCAGCGAUAUGAUGUGUUCAGCUAGCAUAAGUACUCCAUUGUUAGGUUUAAGUGUUAGCAAUUUAGCGUGUAAGUAAGCGUGCUUCCGCAUUAUAUGAUUGCGGUUUAGCGCGUGUGCCAGCGGAUUCUAAUAAAUCAUCGAAACAUUAACCUUUA